AUGGAGGACGGACAAAGUGUACUAUACCUUAUAAAGAGUGGCAACAUUGGAUUGGACAAGAAUUGGAGGGCGAAGAUUGUUUCCUUUAUUGGUUGCUCGGUAUUACUGUCAAAGAAUGAAGAUGAUAACGAAGAUGCAAUUGGGAAAAUGGAAGCAGAAUUUGCGGAGACUCAUUUUAAGCUGACAAGAGCAUCAAAUAUCGACAGUUUUGGAACAGUUCUGCUUGAAGCCCUAUCUGGGAUGGUAGUCUCAGGCUCAAGAUUCUUAAAUAAAGGUGCCUUUCCGUCUUUUGCACCACUAAGCUUUCGAGAGGGAACAGAACUAAUGGAAAUAAUAGAUCCAAUAUUAAAAGGAGGACCCAACAAAGAAUCUUUGGAGAAAGUUUUUAAACUUACACACGAGUGCCGAGCGAAAACCCCAAAUCAACGCCCAACGAUUGAAGUGGUCAUCCAGGAGCUUCAGGAAGCUUUAUUCUUACAGGGUGUGAAGGAUGUUGACAUAUAA